CGCACUGGGCGCCCCACAUGGCAUAACGAGCAACGCCCACCCGGAGCUCCACGUGGACCUAGCUAGCAGCAAUGGAUGAAAGUGAAGUGAACCAUAUUCAAGCUUCUUUCUUUACAAAGGACUCCAGAUAUUUUGUUCAAGACACCUCUUUUUCUCUGCCUGUGAAUGUGACUCCUACAGAACUAUCGUCCCUCAUUUGUCAGCUACUAGAGAGCAAUGAGGCGGAUACAUCCAACAAGCUAUCAUCAACACAGUUUGAUUUCCUCAUAAAUGGAGAGUUGAUUCGAGACAGCCUCGAUUCCCACGUCACCUCCCGUGAUCUCCCUACCGAGAAUGUGAUAGCUAUCGAGUAUGUAGAGCGUUCAGCCCCUCCCUCUCUCACGGAGGAGCUGAGUCAUCAGGACUGGGUCAGCUGUGCCCAUUGCAGCAGACGAUUCAUCCUGAGUGGAUGCUAUGACAACAGCGUGAGUGUAUGGAGCCACAGUGGUAAACUGGUGAGUAUGAGCAAGGAACACAGUGGACCAGUCAAGGAUGUCAAGUGGGUCACUCCAAAUGUCUCCACUGAAGAGGAACUGUUAUUUCUAAGUGCUUCUCAAGACCAAAAUAUCCACCUCUGGCAACUGUCUACUACUGGCUCCACCCUGUCCCUCCGCUAUGAGUACAAAGGUCAUGCUCGUUCUGUCGAGGCUAUUGCAGUCAGUCCUGAUGCUACUAAGUUCUGCAGUGUUUCGUGGGACACGUUCCUCAAGAUAUGGUCCGCAGUACCAGACGACAGUCUUCCUGAUGAGACUCUUGAUAACAAAGACUCUUCUUCUAAGCGGGCCAAGACCACCACCCUCAAUCGUACCCCCGUCCGUACCCCUAUUGUGACAUUUCAGGGACACAGUGGGCCUGUGAGCAGUGUGGAGUGGGUGGGUGAGGAGGAGUUAGUGACGGCCGGAUGGGAUCAUUGCCUCAGGACGUGGGAUGUACACAGUGGGGAGAACAAGACCACACUGACUGGGUCUAAGGUGUUUCAUGACAUAUCAUGGAGCUCUCUAAACGGACUGGUGGCCUCUGCCAACUCAGACAAGCUAGUCAGGAUAUGGGACCUCAGGGAGAAAGGUAUGUACUGCAUGCAUGGGACGUCGAUGAUCCAGUCCACCCUCUCCUCUCAUCAGGGCUGGGUGGUGUGCGUUAAUUGGAGUCCAAUAGACGAGCACCAACUGCUCUCCGGGUCGUAUGACUCCACCCUCAAACUAUGGGAUAUACGAAGCUCCAAAUUACCUCUGUACACUAUCUCAGCUCAUGAAGGCAAAGUGCUGUGCUCUGAUUGGAGUCUGCCUCAGAUGUUCGUGAGUGGCGGUGAUGAUAACAAACUGAGAACGUACAGCGUGUGAACUCUAUUAAUAGUGACACAACUAUUAUUAUGUAUAUGCAAAUUUAUUAUGUUAGAUGUGUUAUUAUGUGUUUUUUGAAAGCCGUCUCAACUUUAUCUAAUGGCUGCCCUACAUAUAAUUAUUUAUAGCUGCUAUAUAGCAUUAGUAAUGUUUGCCAUAAAUACUGCAAUCUGAUUGGCUAAAAGAAGUGUUCUAUCCAACUUAGAAAA